CCGCCCUCUCCCCCUCCCCUCAGUGGCCAUGUCGGGGGCGGGGCCUCGCGGAGGGGGCGGGGCCGACCCGUCCGAGAGCAGCCCGGAGCCGCCCUCCCCGUCCAGCUCCCGCCCCCCCCGCUCCGACUCCAGCCCCAGCCCCAGCGAGCAGACCACGCCCCCUCUCUCUGGCCGCGCCCCCUCCCGCCAAAGGGGCGGGGCUUCCUCUCGCCGCGCCCCAUCGGAGGCCGGGCUCGCGUGUGACCGGCACUUGGCGCUCUUCGAGGAGGAACUGGCCACCCGUCCCCGUGUCCCUGCCAUGCUGCGCCGCAUCGCCCAGUACAGCGCCCUCAGCCCUGACAGUGACACACCGCGGCGGGUGCUGGGGACGCUGUUGGGGGUGGCGGUGCCGGCGCUGCAGACGCUGCUGGGGCUGGUGCUGGUGCUGCGGCUGCCCUGGGUGGUCGGCACUGGAGGGGUGCUGCAGGCCUGCACCAUCGGCUUCCUGCUCAGUGCCUGCGCUGUGCUGACCGCUGUGUCACUGAGCGCCAUUGCCACCAAUGGCCUUGACCCCGGGGGCUGCCCCUUGGGGCUGCUGUCGGGGGCGCUGGGCCCCGAGGCCGGGGGUGCCGUGGGGCUCUGCGCCUUCCUCAGCGCCGCCUUCACCGCUGCCGCCGCCGCCCUGGGCACCGCCGAGAUCCUGCUGGUUUACGUGGCCCCGGGCGCCGCCGUUCUACCGGGCCGAGGCCGCACUCGGCGCCUGAACAACGGGCGCGGAUACGGGGCCGUGCUGCUGGCGCUGCUGGGGCUUGGGGCUGCCGCCACCCCGGCCCCCACUGCGGCCGCCACACUGGGCCCUGCUGGGUUGGUGCUGGCACUGAUGGGGCUGCAAGCAGGGGCCCUGCGUGCUGCCAUUAUGGGGGGCCCCCCACACCCGCUCUGCUUGCCUGCCCAGCCUGGUGGCUGCCUUCAGCCUUGCCCCAUAGCUCUGCCCCACAGCAUGGGCAACAACAGUACACAAGGAGCCACACGGGUGGCAUUCCCAGGGCCCAGCACCCACCUGCUGGCACAGAACCUGUGGCCCCGUCCCAUUGAGGUGCGGGGGGGAGCAGCAGAGGGUGAGGAAGAGGAGGAUGAUGAUGACUCCUCAUUUGGGGUGCUGUUGGGGCUCAGCCUGCCCAUCACCUCGGGAGUGCUGUGGGGCUGCAGCCGCUGCGGGGAGCUGCGGGACAUCGCCACCUCCAUCCCAGCCGGGAGCCUGGGGGCUGCCCUGGCCACCACCUUGGCCUACCUGAGCAUGGCCCUGCUGCUGGGGGCCUCCAUCGAGGGGCAGCUGCUGCGGGACAAGUUCGGAGCAUCCCUACGGGGGACACCAGUAUCCGGGGUGGCUUCAUGGCCGUCCCCAUGGGUACCAUUGGCUGGGGCCGUGCUGUCAGCAGCAGGGGCCGGGCUGCAGGCGCUGCUGGGGGGCAGCCGGUUGCUGCGGGGCCUGGCCCGUACCCGUGCCCUCCCAUUGCCACACGCACUGGGUCACGGGCGCCUCUGGCCAUUGGCAGCAACGGUGACCGUGGCUGAACUCGGUGUCCUCUUGGGUUCCCUUGACCUCCUGUCACCCGUCCUGUCCGUCUUUUGGCUCACCUCUUACCUGGGCUUGAACCUGGCCUGUGCCCUUCAAGGGUUGUUGCCCACCCCAGGAUGGAGCCCCCGUUGUCGCCUCUAUCAUUGGGCAGCAUCACUGGCAGGCGCAGGGCUAUGCCUGGCACUGAUGCUUGUUGCCUGCUGGUACUGUGGCCUGCUGGCCCUUGGCAUCGGUGCCACUGCCUACAAGUACUUGGAGUACCGGGGGGCACAGAGUGAAUGGGGUGAGGGCCUGCGGGGCCUGUCGCUCAGUGCAGCACGGUUUGCACUCCUGCGCUUGGAGGACGGGCGGCCGCCCGCGGCGAGCUGGAGGCCGCAGCUCCUGGUGCUGCUGAAGCUGGAUGAGGAGCUGAGGGCGACGCAGCCGCAGGUGCUGGCGCUGGCGGCGCAGCUCCAGGCCGGGAAGGGGCUCACGGUCGUCGGCACCGUGAUCACCGGGGAGCUGCCCCGGGACCAGCCCCGGGCCCGCGCCGCAGAGCAGGCCCUGCGGGAGGAGCUGACCGGCGCCGGUGCCCGCGGCUUCGUCCAGGUGCUGGUGUCACCGGGCCGGGGCCCGGGGCUGGCGGCGCUGGUGCAGGGCUGCGGCCUGGGGGCCCUGCGCCCCAACGCCGUGCUCAUGGGCUGGCCCCAUGGCUGGCGCCGGCGCCACGACCCCGCGGCCGCACGGAGAUUCGUGGAGCUGCUGCGGGUGGCGGGGUCCGGUGGGCGCGCGUUGCUGGUGACCAAGGGGCCGCUGGGGAGCGGGGCGCCGGGGGGCACCUUGGAUGUGUGGUGGGUGGUGGGAGAUGGGAGACUGCUCACCCUGCUGCCCCUCCUGCUGCGGCAGCACCCGGCCUGGCGCGGGUGUUGCGUGCGGCUGUUCACGGUGGCGCUGCUGGAGGACAACAGCGUGAGGCUGCGGCGGCUGCUGGAGGCCGUGGCCCGGCGCCGGGGGCUGCCUGCACAGACCCACGUUGUGGAGCUGCACGACAGCGACGUCUCCGCCUACACCUACGAGCGGACGCUGAUGAUGGAGCAGCGCUCCCAGAUGCUGCGCCAGAUGCGGCAGGCUCAGGCCCCCAGCACAGCCGGGGAGGAAGAGGAGGAGGAGGAAGAGGGAGGACUCCCACGGCGAGGACCCAGCCCGGGGAACGUGCGGCGCAUGCACGCGGCCGAGCGGCUCAACGAGGUCCUGGGGCGGCACUCGGGGGGGGCCCGCCUGGUGCUGCUGGACCUGCCCCCCCCCCCCCCCCGCGGGCCACGGCCCCUCGAUAACUACCUCGAGUUCCUGGAGGUGCUGACAGAGGGGCUGGGGCCGGUGCUGCUGGUGCGAGGAGGGGACGGGGACAGCCCUGGGCCCUGAGCGCACCAGUACAGACCAGUGCUCCCAGUUCACACCCCAGCGUUCCCAGUCCGAUUCCAGCCUGAGCCGCAGCUCUUUAAGCAUGAUCCCAGUACGGUCCCUGCACUUCCCAGUAUG